UCACUUUGGGUAUAUAAGGGUCGGGCGGCCAUGUGAAUCUCUUAAUUACUUUGGCUAUGCUUCUCUGUGCCUAACUCCCGACAAUCCAAACUCGUAUGUGGCCGUAGGAUAGAACCUGAGAAUUCGUCAAGCAAGAUGAAGUACUCCUUGAACGCAGUCGCCCUCGCGGCGCUUUCCAGCUUCGCGGCUGCAAAGGAGAUGCCACCAGACGAGAUAAAAGCAGCAGAGCUCUUCGACAGUGGUAUUCGACACCAGAAUAUUAUGGAGGCUAAAGAGUCAUACUGGGCCAGCCGAAGAGAGCAGGGUCUUUUCGACUCCAGCCAAUACAAGAGCAUGGGCGCUGCCGCCGACGUGGUUCCUUGCGUAAACGGCAUUGCAGAAUACAUUGCUGGCGACCCUCUCUAUACCUUCAAGUGCAACGGUCUAGACCUGUACGACUUCCAGUCACACGCCGAUCUCGGCAGCAACGGCGGCGAGGGUGCUGGUUCAUGGGGUUGGACUAGCCCGGAAGGCCGCGAAUUCGUUGCCAUCGCUCAGUCCGACGGUUCCGCCUUUGCUGAAAUCAGCCCCGAAGGCAAGCUUAUCUACCUCGGUCGAUUGCCACAAUACCCUGAUGCCGAGCCCUCGCUAUGGCGCGAGAUCAAGGGCUACAAGAGCUCGAUUGUCAUUGGCAGUGAAGCUGUCAACCACGGUGUCCAGGUCUUUGACAUGGCUAAGCUGCUCGAUGUCGACCCGGCCAGCCCCGUCACCUUCAACAACGAGGAUGACAUUGCCCACUUCAACGGCCUUCCUUCUGGCCGAUCCCACACGGUUCAGACCAACGAGGAGGUGGGCUAUGCCGUCGCCUCCGGCUCACAGCCGCGUACCGAUGCCUGCAAGUCGGGUUUGAUCUUCAUCGACCUGUCCGACCUAUCGAACCUGACAUCGCCAGGUUGCGCCGCCGACGACGGCUACGUGCACGACGCGCAAUGUCUCAUCUACCGGGGACCGGACGAGAAAUACGUGGGUGAGGACAUCUGCUACGGGUACAACGAGGAUACCUUGACUAUCUACAACGUGACGGACAAGGCGCACACUAGCGUCAUCUCGCGCACGUCGUACGAGGGCGCCAGCUACACCCACCAGGGCUGGCUUCUCGAUACCCAAUGGCAGCAGUACCUUGUGCUCGACGACGAGUACGACGAGUACGACCACGUUGGUCUCGGCGAGCCGGGCUACCCCAUCACGUACAUCUGGGACGUGUCGUCGCUGGAGGCGCCCAAGCAGACCGGGUACUACAAGGCCACACGCAAGGGCAUCGACCACAACCAGUUCAUCGACGGUGACUUUGCCUACCAGAGCAACUACGGCGGCGGCCUCGUCAUCCUCGACAUCUCCUCGAUCCCGUCGGACCCCACCGGCGCCGGCGUCAAGGAGGUCGCCUACUUCGACAUCUACCCCGAGGAUGACGACGCUGAGGGCGGUGGCCAGAUCGAGUUCCAGGGCACCUGGAGCCACUACCCCUACUUCAAGAGCGGCUACAUCUUGAUCAACACCAUUGAGCGUGGCGCUUACGUCGUUAAGCGAUCUUAAGAUGGGGAAGUGUGUAGCUUAAGCGAAGGAAGAUCUUUGGUGGCGUCGUCUAUCGAUUUAGAUUAGCUUCGCAUUCUUUGUAAU